GAGAUGGGCUCCCAGGGGUGGGGCAAGAAAUAAACAAAAAUACGUCGUUUCUGGCAAAUUACGUCAGGCGGGCAGGGCAGUGCGUGGAGUGUUUUACAACACUAGUAAAAAGCCGAUACAGGUAGUCCUGACAUUAUUUUUAAAAGAAACAUAAAAAUUCUUAUGUGAAUAUUAAAUAUUUGUUAACCAAUAUUCACUGUAAACAUGUUUUGAUUACUGGAAAUACUUUGCAACACUGGCUCAGCUUCAAAACAGAAAAUAGACGCCAUGGAAGAUUUAUCUCUAUCGCAAUUGGAGGACUUGCGGCAACUGCAACUCCAACUCAACGCAAAUAAGGAUAUUUACAUCAACCUAUACACCAAGAUCAUAAAGCAGACAUUUACAACUCAAAUGAACAAUUUGGUUGAUGGCGAAUUUAAUAUAGAAGCUGUGAAAUUGAAUGUGCCCCAAAGACCCCCCAUUCUCCCACCACAGGAAUAUACACCCAUGCACCAACUAAGCAAAUUGGAGGAGGUUUUCAAGGAUACCAUGGAAGGCUUGUCGAUGCUGUAGAAGUUUUCUCAAUCAUCAUUCUUGGUACUGUUCAGCCAGUAGCCAUAGAGAGUCUUAUGAACAUGUUGCAGGCAUUCGAACGAGGGAGACUGGUUCUGCGAAUAUGAAUUAUUCAAAUUAAAUAAUUAAAUUUACUGAUUAUUACUUAAAUACUUACGUUGAAUAUAGGAAUAAUAGGCCGACUCUUAAAAAUA